CCCCCAAGCCCCUCCUUCACUCUUUACAAACCAAACCAACUUUCAACCUCAUCAGUUUCUCAUAUAUAUAUAUAUAUAUCAACUACUUUUUCAGACACAACAUAUAUUCUUUGCUUUGGUGUUUGGAAAGCAAGCCUAUAUACUACUCAAGAUGUUGCAUAACUUGCUUGAUGCAAUCACAGGCCAUCAUCACAAUGGCGGCAGUACGAAACAGAUUACAGGGACUGUGGUGCUGAUGAAGAAGAAUGUGUUGGAUUUCAAUGACUUCAAUGCUUCUGUUCUUGAUCGCGUGCAUGAAUUGGUGGGGCAAAGGGUUUCUCUGCAGCUCAUCAGUGCUGUCAAUGCCGAUUCCGAUAAUGGAUUGAAAGGGAAACUUGGAAAGCCUGCAUAUUUGGAAGACUGGAUCAGCACAAUCACUCCUUUAACAGCAGGAGAUUCUGCAUACAAGGUUACCUUUGACUGGGAUGACGAAAUCGGAGUUCCAGGAGCAAUCCUAAUAAAAAACAAUCACCACAGUCAGUUCUACCUUAAGACCAUCACACUCGAAAAUGUUCCUGGUGAGGGUACAGUUCACUUUGUUUGCAACUCAUGGGUGUACCCUGCAGAAAAAAACACGAAAGACCGCAUUUUCUUUGUUAACAAGACUUACCUUCUAAGUGAUACACCACUACCACUACAACAGUACAGAAAAGAAGAACUAGUACACUUGAGAGGAGAUGGGAAAGGAGAGCUCCAGGAGUAUGACAGGGUCUAUGACUAUGCUUACUACAAUGAUCUGGGAAAUCCAGACAAGGGUUCAGAUUAUGCCCGUCAAACUCUUGGAGGGACUAGUGAGUAUCCUUAUCCUCGAAGAGGAAGAACUGGCCGUGCUCCAACUGAGUCAGAUCCUAGCAGUGAGAGUAGGAUCCCUCUUCUCAUGAGCUUAGACAUUUAUGUUCCAAGAGACGAACGAUUCGGACACUUGAAGAUGUCUGAUUUCCUUGCUUAUGCACUGAAGUCCAUAGCUCAAUUCAUCAGACCUGAGCUAGAAGCUCUAUUUGAUCCCACUCCUAAUGAGUUUGACAGCUUCGAAGAUGUACUCAAACUCUAUGAAGGAGGAAUUGAAGUACCUGAAGGUUUCUUAAAGGACAUUGGGGACAACAUCCCUCUAGAGAUGAUCAAGGAAAUUUUCCGGACCGAUGGUGCACAGUUCCUCAAGUUCCCAACGCCUCAAGUGAUCAAAGAGAAUAGGCUGGCUUGGAGGACAGAUGAAGAAUUUGCCAGAGAAAUGCUAGCUGGAGUGAACCCUGUCAACAUUAGUCUCCUCCAAGCAUUUCCACCGGUAAGCACUCUAGACCAAAAUGUUUAUGGUGAUCAGUCCAGUACAAUAACAGAAGAACACAUCAAGAAUAACUUGGAUGGACUGACAGUGGAGAAGGCACUCAAGAGCAACAAGCUAUUCAUAUUAGACCACCAUGAUGCAUUGAUGCCAUACGUGAGGCGUAUAAACUCAAAUACCUCCUCAAAGAUCUAUGCUAGCAGGACACUCCUUUUUUUGAAAAGUGAUGGAACUUUGAAGCCACUGGUGAUUGAACUAAGCUUGCCUCAUCCUGAUGGAGAUGAGCAUGGUCGCAUUAGCAGUGUAUUCACGCCAGCUGAGGAAGGUGUAGAAAGCUCCAUAUGGCAGCUGGCCAAAGCUUAUGUUGCUGUAAAUGACUCUGGAGUUCAUCAACUUAUCAGUCACUGGUUGAAUACUCAUGCAGUGUGUGAGCCAGUAGUAAUAGCAACUAACAGGCAACUGAGUGUGGUUCACCCAAUUUACAAGCUUCUUCAUCCUCACUUCCGCGACACUAUGAACAUAAAUGCACUAGCCAGGCAAAUCCUUAUCAAUGCUGGUGGCAUUCUGGAGACAACAGUGUUUCCAGGUAGGUAUGCCAUGGAGAUGUCAUCAGUUGUUUACAAGAAAUGGGUUUUCCCUGAGCAAGCUCUCCCUGCAGAUCUCAUCAAGAGAGGAAUGGCAGUCAAGGAUGAGAGUGCUCCACACGGUCUACGCCUAGUGAUAGAGGACUACCCCUAUGGUGCUGAUGGGCUCGAAAUCUGGUUUGCGAUAAGAAAUUGGGUAGAAGACUACUGCUCGUUCUACUACAAGAGUGAUAACAUUGUUCAAAAAGACACAGAACUCCAAUCCUGGUGGAAGGAACUAGUAGAGGAGGGUCAUGGUGACAAAAAAGAUGAGCCCUGGUGGCCUAAAAUGCAGACUCGUGAAGAGCUAAUUGAAGCUUGCACUAUCAUCAUAUGGACUUCAUCUGCACUCCAUGCAGCUGUCAACUUUGGACAGUACCCUUAUGCAGGCUACCUCCCAUGCCGCCCCACUGUAAGCCGAAGGUUCAUGCCCGAAAAAGGAACUCCUGAGUAUGAUGAGCUUGAGUCCAACCCUGAUAAGGCCUUCUUGAAAACAAUCACUGCUCAGUUCCAGACAGUGCUUGGCAUUGCCCUGAUUGAGAUUCUGUCAAGGCAUUCUACUGAUGAAGUGUAUUUGGGCCAGAGGGACACUCCUAACUGGACAGCAGAUGCAGAAGCAUUGCAAGCUUUUAACAGAUUUGGAAAGAAACUUGCUGAAAUCGAAGAGAAGAUUACCAACAUGAACAAUGAUGAGAAUCUGAAGAACAGGGUUGGAAAGGUGGAGGUGCCAUACACUUUGCUGUAUCCCACUGGUGAAAGUGGAAUUGCUGGCAAGGGAAUUCCCAACAGUGUCUCAAUCUAAAAGCCUGUCAACUAGAAAAGGGGAAGCCUUUGAAAAGCUAGUACAAUAUCGAUAAAGCAAGCCACUUUGAUUUAAGAAUUACUUACAAAUUAGUCUUUCAAUAAUUCCAUGUAAAUCAAUUACUCAAUUUACAGCAGAAGAAGCUAAAAGUCUGUACUGAACUUUCUAAUGUACAACAUAUAUAUUAUUCAUUAUUUCAUUAGCUGCAUUUUUUCAGUUGACCCCUUUCAACUAGGAAACUAUGUAAUGCAUACUCUUAGGUUGGUCACUUGGUCAUCUGCAUCAACAAGUGGAAAUACAUCUG